AUGCCGUUCGAUGGAACCGAUGGCCAUCCUGUUGACCAGACCACCACAUCCACUUGCACUCCCAAUGGAUCGUCGGACCUCGCCUUUACCUCAUCCGAUUCCAACAAUCCCUCCUCCUUGCCAUUUCAACGCACAGGCUCACCUUCAAAGAGCUCCUUCCAAUGGCCGUCAGAACCACUCAACGACGGUCGUCGAUCGCUACCCCAGCACUCGCAGCAGAGCAUAGAAGAUGCCAACCGCGACAUUUUGCAGCGCAUCACUCAAGCCAAUCACGACGCAACCACGCACCCUCAGUCCUCCCCUAUUCCACGUCUCGAUCAGCCUAGACUGUCUGUGCAGCUUAGCGCUACUCUCAACAUUCUCGAAGAUGAACGCAAAGAGCAGCUCUCUCCUACCAACACCUCGCUACCCAUACUCAGUCCUCAACCUCAAAACAUGAAUCGCUCCUCCUCCAACGGCACCAACAAGUCGACCACCUCCGACAGGCCUGAUGCACCUCCUCCCACCUCUCAGUACCCCGGCUUUCUACCCGACAUGUUUCGCAAUGCCGCCUCGAUGCCCCUCAACCUCUUGCGCUCCUUGAUUCCUGACAAUGCCUUCCCAGCAUCCACAGAUGAAAGCCUCAGUGCUAGCACCCUCCAAGUUCCUGUCACCAGCUUUAAUGCUCUCUUCGAAGCUUGCAAGGCGCUCGAAUGGCUCGCUACUCAGGCUUCUCAGCUUGAUUUGCCAGACAAGGCCACCACAACCCGUCGCAACUCGUCGACCGCUCCAAACCAGUCCGAAGACAAUGUCGAUUUUUCCCAGUUUGACUACCUCCAGUUGCUCCAAAAGGUCGCCGACGUCGUCAGCGGUCUUGCUGCUGCAAAGGGCAUCGACCUUGUUCUUGAUCUUGACCCGCAGCUUCAAGGGCCGCCAGCCAACAAUCAGCGUCACUACAAGCUCGGUUCCUGCACCGUCUGGGCCGAUCGGCUUGCCUUGACGUUUCUCUUCAUGAGCUGCAUCUCUCGCUUGCUUCACAACGCUCCUGUUCAGUCCAUCGUCAUCAUCACCUCCACUUUGACUCCCAAGGAUGACAGCGUUCUACCCAUCGACCUCGAUCCCCAGAUGAAGCUCAUGAUUCUCUCUCUCGGCCUCCGCCUUGUCCUGCCACGCACUCGCGCCGCCACUCAGGACCUCAUGUCGUCCAUUUCAGGCACCCCUGCUUCGCUACUCCUCGACGCAUUCGGCGCUCGACUCACAACAGAGCAGUCCACCACUCUCCUCUCUGGUAAUCCUCUUCCCGGCAUCCCUGACCGCGCCGUCAUUGAUCAUUCCAUCAGCGUCCCAGUUGGCCAACUUGCCGAGGCUCAACAGCCCGCGUCUCAGGAGCCGGAAUUUGAGUCAUCACUCAACAAGGCCUCGAAGCACAUUGCUGGUCCCGAUCAAGACGAACUCGUCCAUUUCGCUUCCACCUUGCAAAGCAACAAGGUGGCUCUCUAUUCUACAUCCCAAAGCGUCUUUGCUCGCCAGCUCUUCACCUUUUUGUCCGGUCUCGGCUGCGAUGUUGCGCCCGUCCUCACCGACAGCGUCGACGAGUCCUCCUUCGAAGGCAGUGACCACAUCUUUGGCAAGUCGACGCAUACCGCCGUCGCCCUCACCGCGGGUCGUCCUGCCCUGGUCAGCUACACCAGCGAUAUAGACCAGCGCGCCCAUCCCGUUUCGACUUCUACCUCUGACAAAACCACCUCGGCCACACAGAUCAGACAAGAUGGCCUGCCAGCAUCCACCGCCGACACGGCGGUCCUGGAUCCUGUCAUUGGCGUUCCAGUCACUUUUGACAAUUCGUCGUAUCAGUCUCCCAUCGCCGACCAGACACCUGGCUCAUCGCACCAGGUGUCUGACCAAGCCCAAUUGACCCCGCAAACCCAGGUCGACCAAGUCGGAAGACGCGUUGUGCCGUUCAAUUUCGUCAUCAUCGACGAUGACAUUGCCACUUUGCAGAAGGAGCUCUUACGCAUCCGAUCCGCUGUACCGCUGCUAAAAUCCGCCUUGGGAUCCAAGUCCUCGCCGAACAACCCAGCAGCGACCCAUCAAAAGAUGCCCCGGCCGACACUCGACCACAGAACCAAGUCGAGUCCCCAAGUCAAUCGCCUCAUGGCUUCGCAACCCGACCUUGUCUCUCCGCGCUCCUUUGGUUCACUCGGUUCGGCGCUCAUGCACUCUGAAAGUGGCACCGAAUCGCUCGACUCGAUGGAUGAAGCUGUGUCGCAAACCAUCAUCUUCUUCACCUCAAUGAAGUCGUAUCGCCUCGUCAGAGAUACGGUACAGCCCAUCAUUGACUCAGCCAGCUUCCGUGGUGUCUCAUCGCCACCCGAGAUCAUGGUCUUGCCGAAGCCCGCUGGAGCCAAAAGGAUCUUGACCGCGCUAUAUGUCGCUCAGCACAAACCUGUUGUGCGGCUGCCUUUUCUUCCGAUCGCAACAUCACCUCUGUCGCCUCUUGUCAGUCACUCCAAGUCUUGGUGGACCUCGGACUCGUCACAACAGCAGGAUGAUCACGGAUUCAUGACGCUGACGCGACGAGAGACUGCGUCUACGGAUGCUGACUUUGACACCACUCCACCCACACCUUGGAGCCCCGUGGAUGCAUUCAAAGCUGCUGAACAGAUCGCCACGCCCGAUAUUCCCCUGGCCGAUGAGAAUAUGCCCUCAACCGGCGAGCCUGCGCUCAAAGGCACCAGCGUGAGGACAAUUACCAAAGAAACCGGGCCCGGAGCUGCGCCGUCCACCGCUGCAUCCACCACCAAGUCUACCAGCAGAUCGACCGCUUCCCGUCACCAGAAUGGCAGCAAGCCAAACGCAAAUCCUGCCGAUGCUGUUCUGACACACAGAGGCAGUCACGCUGGCCCAGCGCCGGCUAGCACAGCAUCUCUCUCCGCAUCCGUUCACCAAGCUCGGUCUCAGCCCGUCGUUAGCCCAAUGCCUGCCGAAGCGCUCGAAUACUUUAGCGAGACAGCGGCAAAGAUGGGUGGAAGCGCUGCCAGUGGUAUGGUUAUCCAGAGUCCCGAUGGCCGCCCUGCGGGAAUUUUCUUUCAGCCCAAAGCCUCUCUUUCUACGCCGUCACUCUCUGGUUCGAAACCAGCGCUUUCGCGAGGCGUGUCUGCCUCUUCUUUGCGACGCAGCCAUCAGGUCUCGUCGGAGCAUAGCGACCGCUCCGAGUCCGCUCAUCGAGAUAGGCGCAUGUCGAAUCGCAGUACCGAUUCCACUGGCGGCUCAAUUCGUGGCAGCGGCGCGGAUGGGCAACAAUCACGUGCCAGCAAUCUGCAUACCCUAACGGAACAGGCAGCGUCAGGAAUCGCUGCAGAGCAUGGCGAUUUGCGCGUAACGCAGCUGCCACUCCCGGGCGCGAACAAGUAUCCGACUGGAAGCAUCUUUGCACCUCAGGUAGGCAUUCACUCUGUGCUCAAUUCUUCUCGACCACCAAUGACGACGCCGCUGGCUCCGAGCCUGUCGUCGCCGAUCCAGGAUUCCAGUGAGGGCGGAGCGGAAGGCCAAGUCAGUGCGGCGCAUGAAUCAUCGCAGAGAGGUGAUGGCGGCAAGCAAGCCGACAGCCAUACCGACGCAAACGUUGCAGUAAGUUCCACAGGCGAACGACUUGAGAAGGCGAACAGCGGUGUCGAUUCUGAUUCGGCCAAAGUGGACGAAGCCGCGCGAUCGUCUGGCGCAAGACCAAGACAGCCUGUCGCAUCGGCGAAAAACUCGGCAAUAGCGUCGCCCAAUGCACGCACCUCAGCAAUUGGUGCGAGCCGCGUUGCAGCUCGCCAGUCACUCAACGCUUCUGUCACGGCAUCGCCAUCGGACUCGAAGAACAAGCCUUCAGCCGUGCCACAGUCGGGCUUCAUGAUGGGUAUGGGAUUCACUGCAUCGGCGCGACGCGGGCGCGGGCCCAAGAAGGCACCUGUGCGUGAAGCUGUGUUGCCACCCAUCAAAGUGCUCAUCGUGGAAGACAACCCAAUCAACCAAAGGAUUCUGUCCAUGUUUAUGGGCAAGAAGAAGAUCAAGUACGAUGUGGCCAACAAUGGUCGCGAAGCGGUGGAAAAAUGGAAGACCGGAGGUUAUCAUCUGAUUCUGAUGGACAUCCAGCUUCCCGUUAUGGAUGGUAUCGAAGCGACCAAGGAGAUUCGCAAGCUGGAGCGAAGUGCCAACAUUGGAAUUUUGCCAAACACGCCUCCUGCAGGAGCGGAGUCGAGGAUGGAAGUGCCGUCGUCGUCGUUGAGCGGAGGUUCGAGGACGUUGACUGCCAAAGGGUUGAUGAAGCAUGCUGUUGCAGGAUGUGGCAAUGUGGGCGCGCCAGAAGGGGACAAGCGGCUGCCGUCAAAGCAGCCGGGACCGAAAGUGAGCAGUACGAUCGGCGGGUCUAACGCAUCUUGUUCGGAGUUGGUGAGUGGUUUAGGCAUUGCCGACCGCGUGUCGACCAACAUUCGCGGUGCAAGUGGCAGCAUCAACGCGUUCCGCGCGUCGGUGAUCAUUGUCGCGCUGACGGCUUCGGUCUUGUCUUCGGACCGAGUGGAAGCUUUGGCGGCAGGAUGCAACGACUUUCUCAAUAAGCCGGUUUCACUGCCUUGGCUCAAUCAGAAGAUUCUGGAGUGGGGAUCGAUGAUGUACCUCAUGUAUAGUGGAUUGUCGUCGGACGACAUUCAUUUGGAUAAACAGAGCGGGGGUGGUGUAGGAGGAGCAAGCAAGACGGAUCGAGCGCAGCUGCAUCUUGGGUUUGGAUAUGGACCUGCGGAAAAGGCGAAAGCGCUGGCGAAUAAUUUGCAUCUUGGCGAUACGCUGGCUGCCAAGAAAAAGAAGAGGAGUGAGCAGAGGGAGCGCAUCGAGGCGAGUCGGGAGAAGCGCGAGCAUGUGGUGGCCAAGAGCGCACAACAGAAGGGGUCGGCAUUGGCGGACGAUGCUGCGCGGCGAGUCGAGAGCACUGGUAAGCUGGACGCGCGCAUCUGA